AGCGUGUUCCGAUGGCACACCGAAGUUCGGCCAAGCUGGUGCUGGCACUGGUAUCGUUGUUCUGCGUACUUCAAAUGUUGGAGUGUGGAGUAGUGGAUCGACAACCUCGAGCCUAUAAACAGUACAACACCGAACCACAGAAGAGACCGUUCUGCAAUGCCUUUACCGGGUGUGGCAAAAAGCGAUCGUCCGCGUCUAGUCCACCGAGCGCUGCGGCAGCUGCGGCCGCCGCCGCCAUGCUGCAGCGCCACAUGCAGAACGUGGAAGCGAACCGAAGGGACAGAAUAAGCAGCGACUUUGACCCGAACGAAGAAUCCAUCAGCAGUCUGCUCGAUCUCAACACGGAACCGGCCGUCGAAGAUCUGCUGCGGCAGAUCAUGUCCGAGGCAAAGCUGUGGGAAGCGAUCCAGGAAGCGAAUCGGGAAAUUUACCUGCAGAAAUCGGGCGUCAAGGAGCAGCGUACCGAUUUCCCGCUGACGUUCAGCACGCAGUAA